AUGGGUCGGACUAGACACGGCUAUAGCGGGCCCGCCGUCAUGGUGGUUGGUGCUCUUCUGUUCGUGGGCAUCGUCUCUGCUUCGAUGAACCCGAUGCGAAGACAGGAAAACUCGGUCACUACGACGGCGAGUUCUUCCGGUGAGGAGCUAUCCUCGCUGACAGACUGUCAUCUUCACGGAACCGUCCAGUACUGUCUAGCCGAUGCGACUGAGUACCGAAUCCUCGCCGACGCAACAGCCACUGAGGACUUCCCAUCGUCCUACACUGACUGCCACGCCCACUCCACAGAGACAUGGUGCAUGUCUCCCAGCGGCGGCGAGGUCGAGAUCGUCGGCGCCGACGCCACCGUCACGGAUGCCGCUUCUGCUACGGCUUCAGAAACAGGGACUUCAACCGGCCUCACCAUCACUGCUGUCACUGAUUGCCAUCUGGAAUCAAGCUCCGUACUCUGCACGGCUGAUUCGACGGAAUACUACGUCCAGACCACCAUUACCGUAACCAGCGACGUGCCAGCCGAGUUUACAGGAUGCCACAGCCACGACACCGAAAUCUACUGCUUCACAGACGACGGCGAAGCCAGCAUCAUAGCAGUCGAAGACAUCGAGUCCGGAGAGUCAGAUCCCGACGAGGAACACUGCCACUUCCACGCUGGCGUCGAGCACUGCACCGGCGGAAACUCCGAAGAAUCUACAGCCACCUGCGAGCGAAAAGACCGCGACUACAACAUCUCCAUCCGAAUCGGCAUGCUUUUCGUCGUCCUUGCCGCGAGUUCAAUUGGUGUCUUUGGUCCCAUCCUCAUGGCGACAUUCACGCCGGUCAAGUCCAACCUAUUCCUCAUCGUCCUCAAGCAAUUCGGCACCGGCGUCAUCAUCUCGACCGCGUUCGUCCACCUGUACACGCACGCGAGCAUGAUGCUCACCAACGAAUGCCUCGGGGAGCUCCAGUACGAGGCCACAACUUCGGCCAUCAUCAUGGCUGGUCUGUUCCUCUCGUUCCUGAUUGAGUUUAUUGUCCAGCGAGCUAUUCGAUGGCAAGCCAAGAAGAAGAGUGAGACUGACGAGUCCGACUCGUCUCCUAAGGUUGUUGCGUCGGCUGAGAUGGCCAACAUUACCAUCAUGGAGACUGGUAUCAUCUUCCACUCAUUGCUUAUUGGCAUCACCCUCGUCGUCGCCGGUGACUCCUUCUUCAUCACCCUCGCCAUCGUCAUCAUCUUCCACCAGCUCUUCGAAGGCAUCGCGCUGGGCACGCGUAUCGCAUCUCUCGGCCACGGCGGCGUCGCUUUUUCGCACACCGACCACGCCCACAUGCACGCCCACGACGCCCCCAUCGGUCCGCCCGUCGACCGCAGCCAGCCAUCCACGGUAUCGCUGGCCAAGAAGCUCCUCCUGGCGUCUGGCUUUGCGCUGGUCACGCCCAUCGGCAUGGCUAUCGGCAUCGGUGUUUUGGACGUCUUCAACGGCAACGACCCCAAGACGCUGAUUGCCAUUGGUACACUGGAUGCGCUCUCGGCUGGUAUCCUGAUUUGGGUUGGGUUGGUAGAGAUGUGGGCGCAUGACUGGAUGCUCGGCGGUGAGUUGACGGAUGCAAAUGCACUGACGACGGUACUGGCCAUGUGUGGAUUGCUCUCCGGCAUGAUUCUCAUGAGUGUGCUCGGAAAGUGGGCUUAA